AUUUUAGCAUUGACUGACCACCCCCAUAAAAUAUCGCAUAAAAACUCAACCCCCAUCCACGCAGUUUUCUCUCUCCUCACACAUCACAGUUUAUAGUAGGAGAAUUUACAAAACCAAAAACAAAUUGGGUGAAAAUUCAAUCAAAUAAGCUUGAAUUUUCAAUUUUAAUGGCGUCUAAAGACAAGAAAACUACGAGAUCUGCUAGUAGUGGGAGUCGUCCUGCCGGUGGGGUUCGAACCCUCGCCGACUUGAAUCGCCGCUCAAGCCCUGAUUCAGAUAGCGACUCUGAUAACGCCCCUCAAGAGUAUUACACUGGCGGUGAAAAAAGUGGAAUGCUGGUCCAAGGACCACCGAAGGGUAAUGACGUGGAUGCGAUUUUCAACCAAGCGAGGCAAGUAGGUGCUGUUGAAGGUCCUAUGGAGAACCUGCGGCCUUCUAGCUCGAGUAGCUUCACUGGUACUGGAAGAACACUUGCUUCUGGGGAGGCAGUAGCUGGAGCCUCACAGCCAUCUGAGGGUGUUGUCCAUAACAUUGUUUUCUGGCAGAAUGGAUUCACCGUAAAUGAUGGUCCACUCAGGAGGUUGGAUGACCCUGAAAAUGCAUCAUUUAUAGAGAGCAUUGGCAAAUCUGAGUGCCCGAAAGAGCUUGAACCUGAAGAUCGAAGGUCUCCAGUCCAUUGCAAUCUCAUUAGAAGGGAGGGAGACUGUCCUGAACCCGUGAAGCGCGUUGUUUCAUUUCAAGGUGUUGGAAGAACCCUUGGCGGCAGCACUUCUGCAACAACUGAGCAAACUGCUUCUGCUUCUGCUCCUCUGAAUUCUGCCCCACCUCCUUCUGCUGGGCUGGUUGUGGAUCAGAGCCAACCAUCAACUCCAAUUCAGCUCAGGUUAGCAGAUGGAACUCGUAUGGUGGCUCAUUUUAACUACAAUCACACAAUUAAUGAUAUCCGGGCCUUCAUUGAUGCCUCCCGGCCCGGAGGAAGUAGAACUUACCAGCUUCAGACUGUCGGGUUUCCUCCCAAACCGCUCAAUGAUCUGAACCAGACAAUAGAGCAAGCUGGCCUUGCUAACUCAGUUGUUAUGCAGAAACUUUAAGCUAAUUAUAGUAGCAGUUUGCAUAUUCUGGUUGGGAUAAAAUGUUUCGAAAUGAACAUAUGGCAUGCGAAAUGUGAACCUUACCUGACUUUUUUGUGCUACUUUUAUGCACUUCGGGUGAACUGCCGAAUCAUCCAUAUACAAGAGAUGAGUUGAGUCGUUUAUGUGGGAACCGAUGAACUGUAUAUGGUUAUAAUGUGACAGUCUAGAGCUGGUAUUUGUCAAUUUGUUUUUAUUUCUGUUACCUUUUUUUCUUGAUGUUUCUUUCUACAAUCAUGUUUAUGUUUUUAUAUAGUUGUCCAACCGUUAUAUAGAGUAUAUAUGCAAAAAAUUACAAAGUCAAGAUUUGAUGCUUGAGCUUUUUCA